GCCUGGGGUCAGAUCGAUUGCUGCUCCACCUGGCCCUUCCCACACUGAAGUGGAGGUGCCAGGAAUACAGCCAGCCCCAGCCUUUUCUGUGUUCCCCAGUAAGGAACCAUGGGACUCUUACAGCAGCAGGACGCCUGUCCAUGGGGCUGCUAUAUAACCCCCCACCCCCUCCAGACUAAGGGAGAGAAAGCAGCGAAGGGACCAACGAGGAGGAGGGAGUCCAAGGUUCCCAGUUUUGUCUCGGUCUCAUCCCUCCUGUUCUCCUUCCCGUGUCUCAUUCCAACCAUCAGUUCUGCCCAUCGAUGCCUCCCAAUCUGACCGGCUAUUACCGAUUCGUCUCCCAAGACAACAUGGACGGUUACCUUCGGGCUUUAGACAUUAAUGUGGCCCUGAGAAAACUGGUUUGCCUCCUGAAGCCAGACAAGGAGAUAAUCCAUGCUGGAGAUCACAUGACCAUCCGCACAAUCACCUCACUGCGCAACUACAUCAUGGACUUUGACCUGGGAAAGAAGUUUGAAGAGGACCUGGGGCCAGUGGAUGGACGCAAGUGCCAGCGCAUGACAGCAGAAGAUGAGGUUUGUGUACAGAUCUUCCAGAAAGUGAAGUAACCACAACAUCUUCCCAGUACUGAGCACUAACCCAUUUGGACAGAACUAGUUUCAUAGCAGAGUCAAGACCAAAGCUAUCAAAUCUGUCCCCAUACCACCACCACCCCAUACAUGCUUUGGAAUAAAAAAUACAAGUGG